UUUGCCACACAGCCAGCCUCUCCCAGAGCACUCGAGAGCAAGCAGGGCGCCCUGGUGCGGCCUGGCCUGACCCACUCAUGAGCGGUCAGGACCACUUUCUGGUCAUCCACGGCAAGAACUGCUGUGUCUUCCGAGACGAAUGCAUCGCCAAGGUGCUGGCGCCUGUGGUGGGGCUGGAGUUCGUGUUCGGGCUCCUGGGCAACGGCCUGGCCCUGUGGAUUUUCUGCUUCCAUCUCAAAUCCUGGAAAUCCAGCCGGAUUUUCCUGUUCAACCUGGCCGUGGCUGACUUUCUCCUGAUCAUCUGUUUGCCGUUCCUGACGGACAACUACGUGAAGAAGUGGGACUGGAAGUUUGGGGACGUCCCUUGCCGGCUGAUGCUCUUCAUGCUGGCCAUGAACCGGCAGGGCAGCAUCAUUUUCCUCACAGUGGUGGCCGUGGACAGGUACUUCCGGGUGGUGCACCCCCACCAUGCGCUGAACAAGAUCUCCAACCGCACGGCAGCCAUCGUCUCCUGCCUGCUGUGGGCCGUCACCAUCGGCCUGACAGUUCACCUCCUGCACAACUCCAUGCUGACCCAAAAUGGCUCUGCCAAGCUGUGCAGCAGCUUCAGCAUCUGCAACUCUUUCCGGUGGCACGAUGCCAUGUUUCUCCUGGAGUUCUUCCUGCCCCUGGCCAUCAUCCUGUUCUGCUCCUUCAGGAUCAUCUGGAGCCUGCGGCAGAGACAGAUGGACAGGCACGCCAAGAUCAAGAGAGCCAUCAACUUCAUCCUGGUGGUGGCCAUCGUCUUUGUCAUCUGCUUCCUGCCCAGCGUGGCUGUGCGGAUCCGCAUUUUCUGGCUCCUAUACACCUCAGGCACACAGGACUGCGAAACAUACCGCUCGGUCGACCUGGCGUUUUUCAUCACGCUCAGCUUCACCUACAUGAACAGCAUGCUGGACCCCGUGGUGUACUACUUCUCCAGCCCGUCCUUCCCUAACUUCUUCUCCAUGCUUAUCAACCGCUGCCUCCGGAGGACGCCAGGGGAACCGGAUAACAACCGCAGCACCAGCGUGGAGCUCACUGGGGACCCCAGCAGCAGCAGAGGCGCCCCGGAUGCGCUGAUGGCCAACCCCAGUGAUCCCUGGAGCCCCUCUUGUCUGGCCCCCAGCUCGGAUUAAAUAAUGGGGCAAUGGAGAGAGAGACUGUCACCAAGAAUCGAGACGGCUGGAGGGACACAUGGUAACAUCAACAGAUAGGCCUGGGGUUUCCUGGAACUUCCAGAUUCAGAGAAGCAGAUUUAGACAGUGUGGCAGAGUGGGCGACGACUCGGCUGCAAACUGUGACCACAGAAAGUUUGGAGGAACAGAGAACAAGGCUUUCAGUCGGCUGAAAGUUCUGCUUCAACUCUGACACCUGCAAACAAAGAUGAAUGAAUUGCCCACGUUUCUGUUGUGCAGUCAGAGCUGCAGCCCUGCCCUUCAGCACCUGGGCUGCAUGGCUCCUUCCUUCCCCUGCCUGAGACUUGGACGAUCCUCAGGGAGAGCCAAGAGACUGGAGGAGAACCGUGCCGUUCAGGAGGGGCCCAGGCAGCCCUAAGAAGCCAAGAGUCACCCGGUCCCAUGGCCCAAUUCACUCCCAGCCCCGAGUUGGAAGAAAUGGACGAGGCAGAGAUCUGUAAGCUUCCAGUGACCUCUGAGUUCCCAGGGGUGGUGAGAAGAGGGUGAGCCCCAGGAGGGACCGAGCUGACCAGUGUGAAGGGACAGCAGUGGCCCCAGUGCUACGAGCAGCAACUGAUCCAUCCCGCCCUUGUUUACAUUCAUUUGAGGGCUGAGCAGCAGGAGGGCUGCUUCCCACCUCUGUUUGCUUUUAUCAUUAAGAAAGAGGGCCGGGGAUUUAGCUCAGUGGUUUCACUGCCUGCUGCACAAGUGCAAGGACCCGAGUUUGAUCCCCAGUACAAAAAAAAAGAGAGAGAGAAAUGUGCUGCUCCCUCAACGACAGUUAGAGGGGACCAAUUCCUGCCGGUUCAUUUGCUUGUGUUUCUGUUCUUACAAUAAAUCUACUAGUUCAAUAAAUUUUGAAA